CGUUUGGUUUUUUUAUUAUCCGUGCAUUAUUAAAUGUGUGUGAAUAUUACUACUACCAAAACUUUUGUCAGAUAUCUCCAGAUAAUAACGUGUGCAUUAUUAUGUUCAUUCAACUGUGAAUUCCAAUCAAAAGAAAACCAUCAGAUAUUGCAAGACUUGUAUUAGAAAUUAGCAAGAGUGAUGGAAAAAGGCAUAUUGCAGAGCCCGGAGUUGUAUCAGUAUAUCCUAGAGAGUAGUGUGUACCCAAAUGAACCAGAGCCUCUUAAGGAGAUAAGGGCUGUCACAGAAAGCCAUCCCAGGGCCUAUAUGGGAACGGCCCCGGAUGCAGGCCAGAUGAUGUCCAUGCUCUUACAGCUGUUAAAUGCUAAAAAAACCAUCGAAAUUGGAGUCUUUACUGGAUAUUCCCUGCUCUGCACUGCUCUGGCAAUUCCAGACGAUGGCAAGAUUAUAGCAGUAGAUUUGGAUCUUGAUGCAUAUGAGAUUGGUUUGCCAAUUAUUAAAAAGGCCGGAGUAGAACACAAAAUUAACUUCAUUCAUUCCGAGGCCUUGCCAGUCUUAAAUAACCUCCUUGAAACUCAGUCUGACAAUGAAGGAAGUUUUGAUUUUGCUUAUGUUGACGCUGACAAGAUAAAUUACCGCAACUAUCAUGAAAGACUGUUGAAAUUGUUGAAAGUUGGUGGCAUAGUUGUGUAUGAUAACACACUCUGGGGAGGGAGUGUUGCAAUGCCUGAGGAGCAGGUUGCAGAAGUGUGGAAAUCCAACCGGAACUCGGUAAUCGAGUUUAAUGAAGUCUUGGCAUCUGAUUCUCGCAUCCAAAUUUGCCUUACACCUUUGGGUGAUGGAAUGACCAUCUGCAGGAAAUUGAUCUGAAAUGCUGCUCAGAUAUCCUUGCAACAUCCCGAGGUUUUGCGAGAAUAAUUUGAAUUAUGUAUGAAUUUUCCAUUAAGUACUGGCCAUGUUUGGUUUGCAUUAGUCCAGCAGCAUGCCAGCAUCGUAUUUAUGCAUUCAUAACCGGUUGUUCAAUAAACUUAUGCACGGGGACAGUACUCGUACAUAAUUAAAACUCUUGUUUUCUUCAA